UAUAUUUCAAAGCUUUUCCCGGCAUAAAAGGUAGUUACAUCGAAGCAUGUAAGGUACCCAAAGGGAAGAAAGCACCCUCGAAGUCCAUAAUUUUGUGAACAAGCAACAUGGCGCAUAGCCUUCAGCUUCACCUCCUUCUUCUCGCGUUGAUCCCCAUCCAACAAUGCGGCGGCCGUCUCAUUGAUCUCGAAGAUAUCGUUUACAAAUUCCUCCUGCUAAAUUGCACUAACAAUGAAAGGCUGGUAACUUAUGAUGUCUUUGGUGAUAACAAAACACGAGGCCCCCAUCCCGAACAAGACCUUUUUAAGAACCCACCUGUGACGAUUGAAGUCGGACCGGUGACUUACGGCAAGGCUCAAGUACAGUCGCUACAGAUUUCUGCUGUUUAUGUACAGAUUUUUCACAACAACCAGACUGGUGAGGUAGGUAAGGCUCAGAUAUCAGAGCAAGUAGAGCACGAAGACGAGUACAUCUGGACCGUAGACAAGGGACUAGAGUUCACUGCUAAACUCACGUUCAGUGUAAACGUUCCACUGGUAUAUCAAUUCAGCUCAGAAUUUUCAACAUCAGUGAAGUCGAGUACUGGAUCCACAACGGUCGAAACACGCACAACGAAGCAAUGGAUUAAACAAGAGGUAGAAAUACCCCCUUUAUCCACCAUUGAAGCCAAGUGGUAUGUCAACGAAGCAAAAGUGGUGGUGCCGUGGGUAUUAGACAUCACCUUGAAGGGAAACGUUGCAGCGUUGUUUGAAAAGCCAGGCAAUCAACUAACCUGGAAGUACAUCCCCGUAAGCGGGAUUGAACAUGAACACAUCACAAAGAACGGAUCUUCCGUCUCUGUCCAAGCUUCAGGGCAGUUUACAGCAACCGUUGCUCAGAGCUAUCACCUUUCUACCAGUGAGAAAAAACUAACGCAGCGCACUGCGAGAUUGGCUAAAUUUAUUUUUGAGCAAGUGGAUGAAUGAACCGUAAUAAAGAGGAAUAAUACAGUCCUUCAAUGAAUAAAGACCGAAAAAAAAACAGUU